UAGAGGCCGGCUGGCGGGGUCCGGCUCAGAGCGCCCUCCUCUCGCAGCGAGGCUCGCUCUCCCUCUCCAGGAGAACUUCGGCCGCCGUUCGCCCGAGCCGCUCCGCCGCCCGCCACCAUGGGCAACUGCUUCUUCGGCAUCAAGGACCACCGCCCGCUGCCCGUCCUGCUGGUCCUGCGCGUCUUCCUGCCGGGCGCCCCCGGCAAAAGUUGCCGAGUGGCCGUGCUGGGCUCCGGCGGCUGCAGCCGCAUGGCGCUGGUGAAGAAGUGGAUCCGAGACAACUUCCACGGCUCCCGCCUGCCCAGCCUGGAGGCCAUCUACCGCCUGGUGGACGCCUUCGCGCGCAACCCCGAGCGGGCCAGCGGCCAGGGCGGCAUCCGCUGCUUCCUGGGCGGCCACCGAUUCAGCUUCCCGCUGUCCCGGUCCCCGGUGAUCAUCCUGGUCUACGCGCCCAACAAGAAGCCCACCAUGGAGGACAUGAAGUCCAUCUGCGACCUGAUCCGAGAGAUCCAGAGCCACAACCUGUGCCACCGCUACGCCGUGCUGCUGCUCCAGGGACCCGCCACCGCCACCGCCGCCACCGCCACCGCCACCGCCACCGCCGCUGCUGACCGCGAGGGAGCGCACGGACCCCGCGCCGCUGGAGAGGAGUCCGCUCGGGCCCGCGAGCGCCCCCAGAAUCUGGGGCAGCGCCCCGGCGCCGAGGGCCGAGCUGCUGCUGAGUCACCCGAGAAAGCCCACUGCCCCCGCGACCCCAAGGGAGAUGGCCACGACGACGGCAAGGCCGGUCCCCGGGGCCGCCCCGAGUGAUGGGGCCUCCCCCGCAGCUGAUGAGCGCAACGCGCG